UUUACCUAACCUUUAACAGCAGCGAAACUACUUCAUUUCAGAUUAUUCAUAACAAACACAGACGGCAGAAGAAUGAAAACUGUUGUAUUUAUCCAACUUUUUACAGUCCUGUUGACUCUUGUAAUUGCCUGGGAAGUUGAAAAUGUCUUAGUUUCAUCACUACAUUCUAAAGAUUUCAAGCAGCCUGAACAAAUACACAUUUCGUUUGGAGAUGAUCCCACAAAAAUGUUAGUAACAUGGAGCACCAUGAACGUUACCCAGAAUGCUACCUGUUUGUAUGGAAUGCAAACAACAAAUAUGAUUGCCAAAGGUUACACCAGAAAAUUUGUUGAUGGUGGACCACAACAGCACACACAGUUUAUCCACAGGGUUACACUAAUAAAUCUGAAACCUGGAACUCGAUAUGUGUACAGUUGUGGGAAUGGUGUACUUAUGAGUGAACAGUUGACUUUUGUUUCCAUGAAGGAUGGAUCUGACUGGAGUCCAAGGAUAGCUCUGUUUGGUGAUCUGGGCUUUGUUAAUCCUCAAUCUGUACCAAGACUUAUUAAUGAAACCAAAAAGGGAAUGUAUGAUGCUAUUUUCCAUGUUGGUGACUUCGGAUAUGACCUUGAUGCACAAAAUGGUCAUAUUGGUGAUGAAUUCUUGAAUUUAGUGCAACCAAUUGCUGGUCAGGUACCAUACAUGACAUGUCCUGGCAAUCAUGAAAAUAAAUACAAUUUUUCCAAUUAUAAAAACCGAUUUACAAUGCCAGGUGAUGAAGACAUGGACAAGAUGUUUUACAGUUUUAACAUUGGACCAGCACAUAUAAUCUCCAUAUCAACUGAAUAUUACUUUUACCUGUAUUAUGGUCUUAUGCAAGUACCUAAACAGUAUGAAUGGCUGGAAAAUGAUCUCAAGGAAGCUGCAAAACCAGAGAACCGUGCAAAGAGACCUUGGAUUAUAACAAUGGGACACAGACCUAUGUACUGCUCUAAUAAUGAUAAUGAUGACUGUACACAUCAUGAAAGUCUGAUAAGAGUUGGUGUGCCAUAUUUACAUUUCUUUGGAUUGGAGAAAUUAUUUCAUCAAUAUGGUGUUGAUGUUAUGGUGUGGGCACAUGAACAUUCCUAUGAAAGAUUAUGGCCAGUUUAUGAUAGAAAGGUUAUGAAUGGUAGUAGAGAUGAACCUUACACAAAUCCUAAAGCUCCAGUUCAUUUUGUCACUGGAUCUGCUGGAUGUCAGGAAAGACAUGAUCCUUUUAAGAAUCAAACAAUUCCAGAAUGGUCAGCCCUCAGGAGUUUAGAUUAUGGAUAUUCUAGAAUGCAGAUAAUGAACAGUUCUCAUCUGUACUGGGAACAAGUUUCUGAUGACAAGGAUGGAGCAGUGAUUGACAAAGUGAUGAUAAUCAAAGACAAACAUGGUCCUUAUGAAUAGAAAGAAGUAUUUUAUGGAUUUUACAUGCUGCAAUCAACAAUCAUGUUUUAUAUGUCGGAAAAUUUUAUUGUUUUGUUUAUAUUAAACUUAAAUGACUAAAAUGGGAAAAUAUGAUUGACUUCUAAUGUAUCUCCUAUCCAAUAUAUAAGUUAUCUCAUUGAUCAUGUUUAUUUAAAAUGAAGAAGUAAUAUUUGACACAUUUAGACUAUUAUUGAACAUCAGUGUGAGUAAAAUAAGGCAUUAUUGUACUUUUUCUUGCUUUGAAUUUUGACAUUUAGAUUUGAUUUGAUGUCCAAGGAGAGAAAAAGCUUUAAUACAAAUAAAGAACUGAUUCAUUUUGGCAUAUAUUGUAUUAAUCAAGAACAGUAUACAAUUUUAUUAAACUGUGAAACUCUGUGAAAGAAAUGAAAAAUGGAUGGGUUAUUUACUUUAGAAAAAUCUCAAACAUUGUUAAUAAUAUUAAGUCAUGCAAGUAUUAUUUCUUUCCAUCUUUUUUUAUAUUAUUCAAGUUUUUGAUAAAGAGCAUUGAAAAAUUAAUAUUUUUUAGUGAUUUAUAAUAUCUUUUAUAAAUCUAUUUUGGAUUUUUUUUUUUAAUAUUUUAAUAUUAAUGUGUAAACAAACAAACACAUAGAAAAACUAUCCUAAUGCUUAUUUACUAUUUGUUUUUUAGUAAAGUAUAACUUUAAUAUUCAAGUAUUUUCUUUGAUGACAUAUUUUCAUUCGUUACUUAAAAUUUAUUCCAAUUUCAGUAAGUUUUGAAAAACCAUUUAAAAUGUAGAAAGUGUGAAACUUCAAGGUAAACUGUUAAGUAAAGUAGUUUAGAAAUCUUUUUAUUUUAUGCUGAACUGUAUCAUAUUAUGUCUAAAUUAUAAGAAAAAGAUGGCUGCUAUACUUAUUUAUUUUAUACUUCUUUACAUCAUUUAUUUUUCAUUGUCUCAGUUAUAAAAGUGGAAUAUUUAUGUGAUUGCAUGAUAAAGAGAAAUGUGGAAUGGUGUGGAAAAAUGAUGAAUUCCUAACAUUGAGUAUAAAUGUGAUAUGCUUGAUUUUUUGUUUCUGUAUAUUUGAUGUUAAUAUAUAGUUGUUGUUCAUUCUUUCUUUGUUUUGAUAUUAUAAACUAAAAAAAUAUUAGUAAAUAAAAAUGAAUAUUAUGUUUA